AUGGUAAGGUCAACACGCCGGAGCUAUGGAUGGGGGUCCAUGCUGCUGCUUUUGAAUCUCCUGGCCAGUAUCGCUCCAGGACAGGCAUUUGGUUCUCUUGAUCUGUUCGCAAGAAGCUCGGAUUCUUGCCCAACUUCAUACGCAACAUGCAGCAAUACAAAUCUCCCAGACGACUUUUGCUGUCCUUCAGACUCAACCUGUAUCAGUGUGGACAACGCCAGUUCCGCCAUAUGCUGUCCCGCCGGGGAAAACUGUGACUACAUAGCACCGAUUGUAUGUGAUCUACAGCAGCAGAAUGUCACCUCCCACCCAAAGAGUUCCAUCAAAACAACUCGGCUCAGUGACAGCCUCGCCAAAUGUGGCGAUGCAUGCUGCCCAUUUGGUUAUACCUGCUCAAAAGACAACACCUGUGCUCUGGACAAAUCGGCCGCUACAACAGCAACAGCCUCUGUAUCCAGCUCCUCUACAACUCAGUCGCCCUCAACAACGACAAAGAUGGCCACAACGCCAACAAACCCCCAGGCAACAAUCACGCCAGUGCUCUCUCCAUCAUCGGACAAUUCCAACCAUUCCACAAGCUCAAUUCUCUCAACUUCCUGCCCUGCAUUCCCAGCAGCAGCCAUAGCCACAGGAUUCUUCCCAGGCGCCAUAUUCGGCGCCGUAGCAGCCCUCCUAAUAUCCCUCUGCGUACGAGGCCGCCGCACCAAAAACGAAACCCAAAUCCAAGAACCCAAGCCCAGAACCAACUGGGCCCAACGCUCCUCCUCCGGCGCUCUGACGAGCAUCUCCCACCCAAUCCCGCAAGACGACACCUCCUACCGCACAGACUUCCUGCGAAUCCCACCAGAUGCAAAGCGGUCUUCCAGCGGCGGAUAUCCCGCCCGCUCCGUGAUUCACCGUACCAGCAGCAGAGUAAGGAGUCUGUUCUCUGGAUACCCGCGGGAUGACCCACGACUGAACAGCGAUGUCCCACCUGUGCCUAUGCCUGCUCCGCUCACGCCGCCCCGUCAGCGCCAGCCGAGCACGGAGAGUAUCACGAUCUACUCGCCGCAUAGUUUUGCGCAGCUUGCUGCUGCGAGACCGAAUACUACUUUCUCGGAUUUGAUGCAUGUUGCGCGGGGGCCGAAUGAGAUGCCGCCUUAUCCGAUGCAUAAGGAUUUGAAGCAGGAUCCUUUCAGGGAUCCUGCUCGUUCAUAG